UCUGCACAGCUGCCAGGACGGAGAGAGCUCCGUGUGCUCUGAAUUGAAAAAGAAAAGAGUGAAGGAGAGAGAGAGAGAGAGAGAGAGAGAGAGAGAGCCAGCUUUAAACAAAGAGCUGCCCGGUCCCUCCCGCCCCGGGGCUGUGGGCGCGUCCCCGCCGGCCAGUCUGCCUGAGAGGGGCACCCGGCUGCAGCGGCCCGGAGGCGGGGUGCCUCGGGUGGAGAGGGCGGCUGUGGCCUGGACAGCCGCAGUUACCCUGCGCUGGGGCUCCUGACCCCUCUCUGCGUCCAGCCUGGCAGCUGUGCCCUGGCCCAGCCGCCAUGGCACAGUGCAAGACAGAGCAGGAUGACUGGCUGCUGGCCCACCUGAAGUACCUACUCUUCAUCUUCAACUUCUUCUUCUGGGUAGGUGGGGCAGCUGUCAUGGCUGUGGGUGUCUGGACACUGGUGGAGAAGAGCGGGUACCUCAGCAUCUUGGCCUCCAGCACAUUUGCUGCCUCUGCCUACAUCCUCAUCUUCGCUGGUGCUCUUGUCAUGACAACUGGCUUCCUGGGCUUCGGUGCCAUCCUCCGGGAGCAGAGGAGCUGCCUCUCCACAUAUUUCUGCCUGUUGCUGGUCAUCUUCCUCGUGGAGCUGGUGGCUGGGGUCCUGGCGCAUGUGUACUACCAGAGGCUGAGCGACGAGCUGAAACGGCACCUGAACAGCACCUUGACUGAGCGCUACGGGCAUCCCAGGGCCGCUGAGAUCACAGCCUCAGUGGACCGGCUGCAGCAGGACUUCAAGUGCUGCGGCAGUAACAGCUCAGCUGACUGGCAGCGCAGCGCGUACAUCCUGUCUGAGGGAGCCCUGGGUCGCCAGGUGCCUGACAGCUGCUGCAAGACAGUGGUAGCCCGCUGUGGCCAGCGGGUCCACCCCUCCAACAUCUACAAGGUGGAGGGAGGCUGCAUGGCCAAGCUGGAGCAGUUCCUGGCUGACCACCUGCUGCUCAUGGGGGCAGUGGGCAUUGGGGUGGCUUGUCUUCAGAUCUGCGGGAUGGUUCUCACCUGCUGCUUGCACCGAAGGCUCCAGCAACAAUUCUAUUAAAGGGCGCCCCUGAAGCCUGCUCACCAUCCCACAUAAGGGCUCACAUCCCCACAUCCUGAAGCAGGCCUGCAGAGUUGGUGCAGGGGCCAUGGGCUUCCUUUACCCGAUGCAGAGCCCACCAAGUGCCUGUGAUUGUGGCUCCUGUGCUUCCCAGCUGGGCAGGGUCCUCAGAUCACCCCUCCACUUCUAAGCACUCAUCUGCCCCCAGAAUCCUAGUGAAGGGAUGGUCCUGGCAAGAGGCAUCCAGAGCCCUUUGCCAGGCAUGGAGCACUGUGGACAACAGGAGGGCAGAACCUGGCUCCCUCCACUCCAUCUCCAUGCCUGAGUCUAGAGUAGAAGGCUGGCAGGCUGGUCCCUCUGAGACUCCUGUACGGCAUGGGCCCCAGCUGGCUUUCCUCAGAGAAAAGCACAACUUUGGGCAGACUUAGCUCACCCCUUCCCAAAACCUAGCUGGUUUUUUGAUCUCCCCACACAGUAGCUGGCCAUGUCCUUCCUGUAAGGCCUGGGACAGGAGUAGCCUAAGGUGGGACAGCUUAAGACUAGGCUGUUGGAGCCACCAGGAUGCUAAGGAGGCAGGGUUGGUAACAGCACCUGGGAGAGUCAUGUGAUGCUCACAAGACCCACCCACCCCCACCUCGUUCCAUUCCUAGUCUUGACUCCCAAAGUGCUAGGUUUAAAAUGUUAGUGAAUAUAAAGCUCUUCCCCAGGGGAGCACACCCCAGGCUUGUUAGUCACAGCUGCCUGCAUCCCACUUCCUGGUACCUUCAUGACCCCACUGUUUCCCUUCCACUGUGCUCUCUACUUUCAUCUUCACCAUCCUGGAGUAGACACCACCCCCUCCUUUGCUGAACGAAAUAGAGACUAUUCAGGGAGCAUUCCCCAUGUGUCAAAGGAUAAAGAAAGAAAACCCUAGGGAAAUUAACGGUUGGUAGCAGGUAGUAGGGGAUCCCCACAGUGGCAUCUUGCUGACCAAAAGCACUCAGUUCACCUUUCACCUGACCCAGCUCUCACUGCAGCAGGCCCAGAUCCUGCUGAGCUGAGUCAGUUGUUGGAGGGAGAUGAGCUAGUACGUGAUGGGCUAAGGGUCACUGGUUGCUGUGACCAGCAUAGGCCUAGAGUUCCAUUCUCAGGGCAGGAAGGAGCUGUGUGAAACACCAGGCUCUCGGGUCAGACAGCCUCCUCCAUCCUGGCAUUCCCCGGGCACCACUUAGAGCCUGGGCUGGUUUAUGUUGUCUGCCUGAAGGGCCCUGGGUUUGGCUGCAAAAACUCAGUAGAAAGAAAACACUCCCAACAAUCCCAGACUACACUAUGGCUACCCUCCAUCUUCCCAGGAUUCACGCAGAUACUCAAAGACCGUCUGCGGUCCCCAAGACGGCUCCCCUGGAGGUUCUGAGGGGAGAGCCUAGAAGGAGGAUUGAGGGGGGAAAGGUGAGGGGCCCAGACCAUGUUAUUCCCAAAAAGGCACUGAGGAAGGUGACAGUGUAUAGAGGGGGAACUGUGGCAUCAAAUAUCUGCUUUGGUAGGCUCCCUUAAUCCUCAGGCAGAUGAAGACAGAUGCCAAGCAGGCACCAUUUGUACAUCCGUGAGGCAGAGGUAGUCCAAAUGUGACCUCCUUGAUCGUAUAACAGCCUUGGUGACAAAAUGGGUUUAGAAGACAUAAAACACAGAGUAGGCCAGGUUCGGUCCAGCAGCUGCAAAGACUGGACCCAAGGAUGGAAUCUGUAGUGAGGUGUGUCUAUCAAAUUGAUGCCAGAUUCUUCCUAUUCACCCUCAGGGACAGGUCCCUGUUUGGAGGUCAUCAGUCUGAGUUUCUUAAAGAGAGAGAACACACCUGUACAAUGCCAUCCCAGAAAAUAUACUGGGGUCCCGUGCCAGGCCCCGAGCGCCAUGUAGCUGAGGCCAGAGCACCUGCACCCUGAGCACAUGAAUCACCGUUCCCUAAGCUCAAGGUGGCCACCUCAAAAACACAGCAUAGUCCCCCAAAUCCUCCCCAAAUGACCAGAGUUUGGGGAGCAAGGGUGAACCUUCGUCUAUAAUAUGGAGAUGAGGCGUCUACAUGCAUUUGUCUUUUUCCCUCCCCAUCUGUGUACCCCACUUCCCACAGCACCUCUGGCAUGGCUUUGGGGAUGUUCAUUGAGGGGUCCUUCAAUAUGUUAUCCACAGUGACACCAACAGUAUGUGCUACAGUCCCCAUGCUGCUGAUGAAGAAACUAAGGCUUGGCCAUAAUUUGAAGUCAAUGGUGAUGGCUGCUGUCAUGGCCCCGGCCGGGUGGACUCAAAAAAAGCUGGAAGCCCCUCUGCCCCAGCACCAGCUGACAGGUUGGCAUUCAGGAGCAGAGUGUCCUAGGGUUGGCCAAGCAGUGGCAGCCUUAACACCUCCCAGGUUGGAUGGGACCAUCCACAGUGUUCAAACGCCAGCAGCCUUUUGCAUUCACAGUUGAAGCACACACCUAGCUUAUUUCAGAAUGACAACCAGGCCCUGUGGGGAAGCUAAACAGCCAGGGCUCCUAGAAAUGCCCCAGGCCAUACCCAGUGGCCUAUACAGCCAUUACAGUGAAAGCAGCGACUGUCCUUGGUGAUCAGCCUCCAUGCAGAUGGGACUCACACCAUGCCGUGACCACUGGCUGGGACAUGAACUACCUCUCCCUGCUUUCCCACUCUCAAACGGGCCCUGGCUGCCGACACGGAGCCUCCCCCUCAGGCCAGGCCUUCCUCUGCCCUGUUGUUCCCCCCCCCCCCCUCCCCUGUAUUGAUCAUUUGUUAUUUCUGGGCUCAGGAGACUUCCAUCUUGAGAGCGCUCACCCUUUCUUGACACAGAGUUCAGGUCCUAAAGGCACUGGUAGGGAGGAUGUACAGCAGCUUGGUGUGAGAAGCCACUCAGAGCUGGGAACCCACCCUCAGCUCAGAAUCUGCCACUCUGGACAGCUUCCAGGGUUUUGAAGCCAAGGGAAUGAACGGAUCAGUUAGAACCCCAGCAGCUUUGAAAAUGGCCUCUGCGCAUUGGCUCUACUGGGCCAGGGCAAAGAGGCAAGAGAAGGGAGGGCAGCUGAAGCCGUUCAGGAGAAAAGCAGCCGGCUUUGUUUUGAGCAAACCACCCUUCCUGGCCAGUACACUUGCUCUCCCCUCAGAACCUCCAGGGGAGCCUUCAGAUCAGGACUCCGCCUCCCCAGAGUUGCUCCAAGGAAGGCCAGAGCCAACAGUUGGCAUUCUUGUUAAGUUUCCAGGUGGUGGUGACGCCACCGACUAGAAAGCACACUGAACCACACAAGGACACGGCUACCUUCCUUCAGAUGCCAGAGCCCCCAAGGGUCAAAAGCCAUUAAGGCCAUCUGGCCCGAGCCUCUCAUGGAGCAGCUUGAUACUGCUCCCACUGGGUCCACAGAGAGGGUGGGAUGAAGCCGGCCGCUGAGCGGUUUACAAUCAGCCAAGCACGUGCGCAUGCUCCACACACCACCUGCCCUAUUGCGGCUAGGCCAGAUGCCCGGGUCUUCUUCCUGAAAGGUGACCCUGACACUCCCAGAUUCCACCUUUUACUACGUGCCUUAGGGUGGCUCUGCUGCCUCCAGCUGGACAUCAAGCCUCCCUCAUCCUUCCCCUCCUGCUUACAUACCUGUGAAACCCGCUCCUACCCCACGCCAGUACCGACAGAAAUUCCAGAGAGCUCAUUGUUAGGAGGCCAGAUGGGCUCCUGGGUCCAGCUGGCUCAUGGAGGUGACUCGUCAGAUAUUCCGAAAAGACAGAAGUUGCCUUAACCUACCGCUUCCAGUGAAACUCCAGAUGUGAGAUGCGCCUCUCUGCCGACCUCAACGUAUGCUGUGCGCUCGGUUCCUUGUGCUAGUGGACUCGGCAAUAAAGGACUUGUACCCAGGAGUUCA